AAUAAUGUUAAGGAACAUGUUCAGUGCCUUUGUAUUAGAAACUUGAAGGAUGAAGAUACAGUGUGAAGUGUGUGAAAAAGCUGAAGCAGAAGUACUUUGCUGUUCAGAUGAAGCUGCACUUUGCAAGCCAUGUGACAUUACGGUUCAUGAAGCUAAUAAACUUUUCCAGAGGCAUCACCGAGUUCCUCUACAGAAACCUUCAUCCACCACAUCAUCUGCAGCUCCUCUAUGUGAUAUUUGCAAGGAGAGAAAAGGGUACUUCUUCUGCUUAGAUGACAGAGCAUUGCUCUGUAAUGACUGUGAUGGAGCCAUUCACAUUUGCAGCUCCCACCAAAGAUUUCUACUUUCUGGAGUCCAAGCUUCUGAUCAGUCUUUGACUAAAAGCUCCGGAUGCAGCACUAAUCUUAGCUCCGAAACUUACCACAUUCAGUCAAAAGCAUCUUUGAAUAGUCAAUAUUCCAGUGAGGAGAAUGAAGCCGGAAACUCAGGUGAGACAGACAAGACUCCUUCUGUCAUCUUAAGUCCUUAAAGAUACACAAAAUCAUGGAUGGUCCAUUCAUGUUUGUAGACUAAGUGACAAACUACUGAAUAUUUAUGUCUAAUAAUAACAGUUUAUGUAAUGAAGUCU